AUGGGUAGAAACACUGAUAAACUAUACAUUUCUCAAUCAGAAUGGAAGUCUGAAUUCGGGCAAUUCAAAGGUGCAAAAAAGGCAUCUGGAUCGGGCUCAGAGUUUAAACAACUUCCCUUUUACUGUUGUGCAUUGUCACUCCAGCCGUUUGAAAAUCCCAUGUGCACCAAGGAAGGAAUAGUGUUUGAUCUUCUCAAUAUUGUGCCGUGGAUCAAGAAACAAGGAACUAAUCCAGUUACUGGCCAAUCUCUCGAGGCUAAAGAUCUUUUCAAACUCCAUUUUCAUAAAAAUAACGAAAACGAGUAUCAAUGUCCCGUCACAUAUAAAACUUUCAACAAUCAUACUCACAUUGUCGCAAUCAAAACAUCUGGAAACGUGUAUGCGUAUGAAGCUGUAGAUCAGUUGAACAUCAAGACAAAAAACUGGUCUGAUCUGAUUACGGGCGAAAAAUUUACAAGGAAAGACAUCAUCACGCUGCAAGAUCCCCAUCAUGUUUCAGAGCGAAACAUUACUGAUUUCCAUUAUCUAAAAAACAACAUCUCAGUGUUAGACGAGGCUGCUGAAAAGAAAAAAGCCCAGGUUUCAUACAAGAUUAAUGCCACUGGUACUACUAGUCGUGUUCUUGAAGAAAUGGCUGCUAAAGAUAAGCUGAAAAAGGAUGCUGCUGCUGCAAAAGCAUCCGCAUCAAAAACUCCCAUUACACCUUCAUUUGUUACUACAACUAAAUCUUCAUACAAUGACGCAUCUUUUUCUAGAGGAUUGGCAUCAUCCUCACUCACAUCAAUGUCAUUCACACCCGUCUCUGUAAAUGAAUCUGCUGUAUGGACGGAUGAUGAAGUUGCUAUUACUCGUGUUAAACAAAAGGGUGCUGCUACUCUACAAACCAACUACGGCGAUAUUCAUAUUGAGCUGCUUUGUUUUGAUGCUCCACGCAUGCAAAAGAGGGCAAGAUACUAUAAUGGUACGAUUUUUCACCGAUCCAUUCCAAAAUUUAUGAUUCAGGGUGGUGAUCCAACUGGAACUGGAAAAGGUGGAGAAUCUGUCUGGGGAUCUCCAUUUCCAGAUGAAUUCAAGCCUAAUCUAACUCACUCGUCGCGUGGGUUACUUUCCAUGGCCAAUCGUGGUAAACAUACCAAUACUUCGCAAUUUUUUUUUACCUUUGGACCUUGCAAGCAUUUGGACAACAAGCACACGAUUUUUGGAAAAAUUGUUGAUGGCAUGGAUGUGCUGACCAAGCUGGAGGCAGUUUCAACUGACGAGGACAACCGACCUGUCAAAGAAAUUAAAAUUUUAGCAAUUACUGUUACCAAAGAUCCUUAUGCGGAGAUUUUAAACGAUAUCGCAUCCAAAGAUGCGAUAAAGGCUGCCAAUUCUGCUCAGCGAGUCAUGGAGAAAGCUCGAAAGGAUAAACUAUACUUGGCUGCCUCUGCAGUAGCGUCUUCGACAGACAAGGUUGGAAAGUAUCUUGAUGCUGCACUUGGAAAGCGUAAAUUGGAUUCUUCACUCAAUACUCAAGAAUCAGAGUCGCUUGUUAUUCCACCAAAGAAACAAUCCAAAACCAGUGGCUUUUCUAAUUUUAAUGGCUGGUAA